AUGGAUAUUGAUGAACUUCUUGAAGGACUAAGUGACAGUGGUGAUGAUCAAACAACUCAAGUUGUUGGUCCAGUAGCGGAGGAUUCGCCAGCAGAGUUGACGGUUAGGAUCGACGAGAUGCUCGAGCCUCUGGGCAACCAGCUGAAGGAGUGCUAUGCGCCUCGAUUCCCCGAAUUACAGGCUCUGGUUCCUGAUCUCGAGGAAUUUUGCCAUAUAAUUAAACUGCUUGGCCCUGAAUUAACCCCCAAUUCCCAAGCGCUGGAAGAUAUCGUAGGGAAACAAAGGGCCAUGGUAGUCCAGAUGAGUAUGGCAGAGACCCCCGGGCGUGAGUUAACCGACUCGGAGUGGGGGCAAUUACAACAAAUUUUGGACAACGUUUUUGACUUGAUGCAAAAACGUGAACAGGCUAUGCAAACCUUAGCCCAAGAGCUCAGCUCUCAUGCACCCAAUCUGCUCGGAAUCGUGCGGUUGUCAACUGCAGUCAGACUCGUGGCAUACAGAGGGGGUCUUGCAGAACUGGCAAGCACGCCCUCAGCCAACCUGAUUUCACUAGGUGCCCCCAAGGCAUCGUCGGUUGGUGGAUCAAUGGUUCGCCAAGGUUUUAUAUACAACGACCCGCUUGUUCGUGGUGUGCCCUUGCAUCACAAGCGACAAGCCGUACGCAUGGUAAGUGCCAAAGUGGUGCUGGCUGCUCGUAUGGAUUUGGCCAAGAGCAGUACAGACGGAUCCCAGGGCAGGCUCUGGAGAGGCCAGAUUCUAGAUCGGCUCGAAAAGCUUUCUCGGGCCCCAAUUAGUGCGCAGGAUCGCGCGAUUACCAUUCGAGAAGAUAAGCCCUCCAAGAAAAGAGGCGGAAGACGAGCUCGCCGAUUUAAACUUCAGCUCACACCGACCGAGUUGCAGCGGCAGCGUGAUCGUCUUGCAUUUGGCUCUUCAAAGGGUGAUUAUGGUGUUUAA